AUGUCAUCCAGUGCCAGCGCCACUGUUCCAGAGUCCACUCGGUACUCACUAUGGAAUAUCUGGAUCGUUUCCCUUGCUAUAAAGGCAUUGCUUUCCAUUGGAUAUCAUUCGACUGAUUUUGACGUUCAUCGAAAUUGGUUAGCGAUCACGUAUAAUUUACCAGUUUCAAAAUGGUACGUUGAAAACACGAGUCAAUGGACUCUAGAUUACCCACCAUUUUUUGCAUACUUCGAAUGGGUGUUAUCUCAUCUUGUUCCUAAUUUCGUCAAGCGAGAUGGAUGUUUGGCUAUAGUAGAGAAAGGCGUUUACAGUCUACCAACGGUAAUGUUUCAAAGAUUAUCGGUAAUUGUCAGUGAGAUUGUUUUGUUUUUGUCCCUCCAGUGGUGUGUGGACUCUAGCAAUGGCCGUAGUGAAGCCAGACGUUACUUUGUGGUGGCUGCGAGCUUGGUAUUGUCACCUGGACUUUUAAUCAUUGAUCAUAUUCAUUUCCAGUAUAAUGGUAUGAUGUACGGAUUCUUCAUCAUGAUGAUCAAUAGUGCCCGGUUGAAAAAAUACUUGAUGUGUGGUUUCUGGUUUUCGCUUCUUUUAUGCUUCAAACACAUAUACUUGUAUCUUGCGCCGGCAGUAUUUGUGUUCUUGCUUCGUGCUUACUGCUUGAACCUCAAUCCCAACAAAAAGAACCUUCCAAGCAGAAUUUUGGCCACAGUACGGUGGAAAAAUUUGUUCAAGUUGGGAUCUGUGGUUAUUGCAGUAUUUACCGUGGCUUUCGGUCCGUUCAUUUACUUUGACGUCAUGCCCGCGUUGAUGGAACGUCUUUUCCCAUUUAGCAGAGGUCUCAACCAUGCUUAUUGGGCCCCUAAUAUGUGGGCAAUUUAUUCUUUCUUUGACAGGGUCCUUAUCCAGGUGUAUAAAAGAGUGCCAUAUACUCAGCUUGCCUUGCAAAAAACCUUCAAAUUUAACCCGAGCUUGCUUGAAGACACAGAGAAAUUGAGGCUGUCUACAAGAGGAUUAAUUGGAGAUAACGGGUUUUUUAUACUUCCCACAAUCACUCCACAAAUGACGUUCAUCUUGACACUCUUCUACCAAGUGAUGGCCUUGAUCCCGUUAUUUUUGCAACCCACUUUCCAUAGGUUUGUGGGAGCACUCACUUCGUGUGGUUUUGCCUCGUUUUUAUUCGGUUGGCAUGUUCAUGAAAAGGCCAUACUACUCAUAAUAUUCCCAAUGACAUUUGUGGUUACUCGGGACCGCCAGCUACUCAGCGCUUUCAACUUGCUUGCAAGCUGUGGUUACGUUUCGCUAUUCCCCUUGAUCUUUACUAGCGAGGAAUGGCUCAUCAAAGUGGUAUUCACUUUAUUGUGGUCGAUAAUCUUUUACUACCUUUUCAGAAAUGUUUCCAGGAUCCCAAAGCGAGCUGUUGCGCGCUCAGGCUACUUGUUGGAGAGAGUUAUAAACGGCUACAUACUAGGAUUGGUGCCAUUGGUGGUUCUUGUGAGUUUAAUUGACGUUUUCGAACACAAGUACAGUGCACUCAAAAACAUGGAGUUUCUCAAAUUAAUGAUGGUGAGCGUGUAUUGUGGAAUAGGUGUGAUUUCCAGCUGGAACCGGUUCAGUUGGUUGUUCUUUGUACAUGACUCUAUAUGGAGAGACGACUAA